AUGGCAGCUUUUCACCACCACAACCAUCAUCCCCACCACCAUCCGAGCGCGGACCUGCGGCGCCUCUUCCACCGGCUCACCAUCGCAUCCUCUCUGAGCAUCCUGUGCUUCUCCUUGGUGUAUCUCCUCACUGGAUGCUGCGAGUCGGAAUUGACAGAAAACUCUGAAAUCAAGCCACCCGCGCGCGAGUUCCUCGUGUCUGGGUCAGGAUGGCCGUACGAGAGGAACGGAACCGGCGCUGCCAAGGAGGGUGCCACCGCGGCUGGAGAGGUCGCGCUCAGCAGCGGUCCUCCCGGGCUGGAGGCGAACAGCUCCGGGAAGGAGUGGACAGCCACCCGGAGGUUACCCCAGGCUCUCAUCAUAGGGGUUAAAAAGGGAGGCACCAGGGCUCUGCUGGAGUUUCUGCGGCUCCAUCCGGACAUCCGCGCCCUGGGAUCCGAGCCGCACUUCUUCGACCGGCAUUACGCACGGGGAUUGGACUGGUACAGAAGUAUGAUGCCCAAAGCCCUGGACGGACAGAUUGUUAUGGAGAAGACGCCUCGGUAUUUUGUUACCGUGGAAACACCAGCACGAGUCCACGCCAUGUCGCAGGAUGUCAAGCUGAUUGUGGUCGUCCGAGACCCCGUGACCCGAGCCAUAUCUGACUACACACAGAUUAUCUCUAAGACUCCUGACAUCCCUCCCUUUGAGAGCCUAGCCUUCAAGAACCGCACUACAGGUCAGAUCGACUCUCUGUGGAGCCCGCUGUGGAUCGGCCUGUAUGCCCAGCACAUGGAGCGCUGGCUGGCCUGGUUCCCCAGGACUCAGAUCCAUCUGGUCAGCGGAGAGAAGCUCAUCUCAGACCCAGCCGGAGAACUGGGCAAAGUCCAGGACUUUCUGGGCCUCCAGAGAAUUGUCACGGACAAGCACUUCUACUUCAACAAAACGAAAGGCUUCCCCUGCCUGAAGAAGCCGGAGGGCAGCAGUAAGCCUCACUGCCUGGGGAAGACGAAAGGGAGGACGCACGCCUCCAUAGACCCGGAGGUGAUGCAGAGACUGAGGGAUUUCUACAAGCCACACAACCAGCGCUUCUAUCAGAUGGCAGGGCAGGACUUUGGAUGGCAGUGA